CCAGAGCAAAGAGGCUGGCAUUCGUACCCUAGUGGCGUUGGACGACCAAGGAGAGCAAUUGGACAGAAUUGAAGAGGGAAUGGAUCAAAUUAAUGCUGACAUGAGGGAAGCUGAAAAAAAUUUGAGUGGAAUGGAAAAAUGCUGCGGAAUUUGUGUUCUCCCUUGCAAUAAGAGCCAAUCAUUUAAAGAGGAUGAUGGAACUUGGAAGGGUAAUGACGAUGGAAAGGUUGUAAAUAACCAGCCACAGAGGGUGAUGGAUGAUAGAAAUGGAAUGAUGGCACAGGCAGGAUAUAUAGGAAGAAUAACAAAUGAUGCACGUGAAGAUGAAAUGGAGGAAAAUAUGGGUCAAGUAAACACAAUGAUCGGUAAUCUUCGAAAUAUGGCUUUGGAUAUGGGAUCCGAGUUAGAAAACCAAAACAGGCAAAUUGACCGAAUAAAUCGAAAGGGAGAAUCUAACGAAGCGCGAAUAGCAGUGGCGAAUCAACGUGCUCAUCAGUUACUCAAAUAAUUACUUUCCUCAUUAUUAUUUUUGUAAAUACAUAUCAUAAGUAUCAUAUGUGUGCAGAAUUAAAGUCGAUUUAAAAUUAAAAGGAUUAUAUAGCAGAGGACUGUUUUUAAAGAGCAUCAUAAGUCCUUACCAAAUGUAAAUGUCUCAAAUAUGGUAAGAGAUCUUUAACCAUUACACGCUUCAACUAAUUGUUUGUUAUUUAGAAAUAUAGAUAGUAUCUUGUGUAUUAUUUAACCCUAAUAUUUUGGAAUAAAUUUAAUUGUUAAAGUUUA